CUGGGGUCGGUCCAAGUCUCUGGGCUGCUUCCUGGUUCCGCGUGAUUUGAAUCCACCGAGUACUAGUUUAAGAAUGCUCGAGUGUCCCAAGCCUCAAACACUCACUGGCAAUCGUCUCGCUAGCUUCACUUUUAAGCUGCAGCUAGCCAUCUUAGUAUAUCAGCUCCAACUGGAAACGCGGACUUAACCAGCUCGAGUAUCUUCCGCGCGACCCUCCGGCGAUGGCACAGAUGGUUGAAUUGACGAGCCGUUGCCUUGCUUUGGCGGAAGGAGUGGUAACUAUGGUGUGCCCGGUGCUCCUGGCGCUGGCUAUCAAGAAGAUCAACUGGAAAGGCAAGGUGGAAGAGCCAGUUGUUCCAAUGGCUACGCUCCUCAUUGCCAGUGUGACUCUCAUCACCGGGAUCUUCCCGUUGCUUGCAUGUUGUGUCUCAAAGUUUUUCCCGAAUAUGUCUAAAAGACGCACCCGUGUGACCAGCAGUGUGGCUGCAUACUUGUCCUCUAUUUGCCUCAUCCUACUCGCCUGCUUUAUCUCGGGAAGAAUCUUACCUCUGAAAUAUGUGGUCGCCAUCGGCGGGGCCGUCAUUCUAGUUGCCAUCGGGGUUCUCUUAAUCCUGCGCUCCUGUGCCAAUGCAUCGCAGCCGAACACGAUUACUCCAAGUCCCACGGGGGAAGCAGAGGAAAUAAACAAGGAGCUGGGCACCAAGGAAGCAGAGAGAAUAAACAAGGAAGCAGAGAGAAUAAAAAAGGAGGCAGAUGAGAGAAGAAAGGAGAUCCACGAUAUACUGGACAAGACACACGAGUUCAUGUCCGGUGUCACCGGAAUUCUGUUCCUGGGCUUGGAAGGUUUGGCACUGGAAGGUCUCAUCAGCACAUGCCAUGGGAUACCCGAUGCUGUCCGGAGACCAGUCAUGUUCAGCUUCAUCUUCUGCGCCAUCGGUGUGUCCCUAAUGUUCCUCACCAUGAUCUAUCCUCUUACGGUCACAACAGAAAAGGCAAGCAUUGUACGUAUGACCUUCGGCUUUGACCUUCUCAUGACUGGUGGUACCGUUGCAAUACUGACCAUCAUUAUGGAGAAACUCAUGGGACAUAAAGGGCUUCUGCUCUUAAGCUCCCCAGCCCUAAUCUUAUUUCACGUGGUGUACCGACUCGUGAUCAAACCGAGAGUCGCACUGGGUAAACAACAAUCACAAACGACUCUCCCAAUCUCCGACGGAUCCACGCCUUCUUCUCUGGGAUCCCCCCUCCCCCCCACCGGCGACAAGCAACAAGAGGCUAAAGCGGCGCCGCUUGGACUGACCAAGGUUACGUUUGCCGGGUUCUGGGCCAUGUCGGUGACAACCAUCAGCACUGGUUCCCACAACCACUGGUUCCUGAUAUUUGCAGCGACAGCUAUUGCUUCUGGUCUCUUUUGGAGGCUCCUCACGCACAGCAAAAAUAAGGACACGGUGGAAACUGCCAAUGUUGCUUCCUUCUUCACUCAUUUAUGCAUUGCAGUUGCUACGGUCCUAUUCACGGUAAUGGCAUGGGAGGCCGCCAAUAAAUUGCAAGUGAACACGUGUGCAAGCCGGCAGUGAACGAGAUUCAAGUGUCACCCUCCUACUGCAUGUCACAAAAAUUCACGUUCAGCAUAUGUGGUGUUAACGCCGGAGUAUCGUACUUAUUGUAUAUCAGGUGUUUAUGGAUAAUAAUAAAAA